UGCCCACCGCUCCACCCCUCUCACCCCUCCGUCCCCUAUCUAGUUCUGGUCGCGAAAUCGACUACUACACCUUCAGCACUGCAUCGUUCCCUCCAUUACCGUGAAGAGCCGCCAAGAUGUCGUGGAACGGGCUCAAGAAGAGCGUGGGCCGGACGACGACGAAUCUGAUGAUGAAGACGGGCCACGUCGAGCGAACGACGGACCGCGAAUACGAAGUCGAAGAGCGCCGCUACCGCACCCUCGAGGCCGCGUCGUUGCGCCUGCAAAAGGAAGCCAAAGGCUAUCUUGACAGUCUGCGCGCCAUGACUGCCAGCCAGAUGCGAAUUGCCGAGACCAUUGACGCGUUUUACGGAGACAGCGGAGCCUCGGACGGCGUGAGCAGAAGUUACAAGCAAGCGGUAGAAGACCUCGACGCCGAGACGAUCAAGGCGCUUGAUGGGCCAUACAGAACUACCGUGCUGGAGCCCAUCAAUCGCUUUUGUGCUUAUUUUCCCGACAUCAACGAAUGCAUCAAGAAGCGGAACCACAAGAUGCUCGACUAUGAUGCCAUGCGCAGUAAAGUCAAGAAGCUGGUGGAAAAGCCAGACAAAGAUGCCUCCAAGCUUCCACGCACGGAGAAGGAAACUGAAAUGGCGAAAGCGGCGUACGAACAGCUGAAUCAACAGCUUUCGGACGAGCUACCUCAGUUGAUCGAUCUUCGCGUACCAUACCUCGAUCCAUCAUUCGAAGCCCUCGUCAAAAUUCAAUUACGCUUCUGCGCGGAAGCUUACAGCCGCAUGGCCCAAGUACAGCAGUAUCUCGAUGCCUCGACACGCGACCAGUAUGCCGGCGGCGAUCUCGAUGCACGAGUGGAGGAUGUGUUAGGACAAAUCAGGGAGCUGAGCAUUGCGGGCACUGUUUAGGGAAGAGUGUUGCCGAAGGGUAAAAAGUCAGGAGACGAAGUGGCGCAUCGGAUGAAGUCGGCAAGAUGCACAUGAGUAAUGCGCAAUAGUUUUGCGGAUGCAUGAUCUGGUACUUACAGCAGUCACGUUAUGGUACGACGCUGCGACGCAGUGGAAAGAAUGACGAGUACCUAUUUUCUGUAAAUUGACUUGAUGAAGACGACGGACGAUUCCAGUGACUUGUUUUGACUUUUGACAGGACCAGAAAAAGCCUCACACAUUGCACGCAAUACCGGCCAUCAUCAGCGAUAUGUACGAGGUACAUGGUAGACUCAUAGAAGUCGUACAAACAGCUUGGAGUGA